UUCAACGUAUUGUCUAGAUUCUUCAUCAUGGUUGCGUGCUUGGACUGCGUCGACCAAACGAGCGAGACGACCCCAACGGUGGAGGGCUGCUGUGAUAUGGCGGAAUGCUGCUGCGGUGAGCGAUUCAAGACGUUUUUCUUACUCAUAGGUCUUGUCUUUGGAAUAGGUGAUCUCGUUUUGGACUGGAUCGCUUUCGGCUCCUUUGCCGCAGACGGAUUUAUCACGAGCCCCAUGGGGGACCCCGACAACAACCUACUCAUCGCUUGGAGUAGUGUCAUAGCGCUUUCUACCAUAAUUGCAGCAGUGGAUUUGCUUGUAAUAGUUUGGACACUAGCUGGAUUAAUGACUAAAAGACAAAACAAAAAAGACGUGACCGGCACAGACAACAUUGCCCUAACCUGGCAACAUUUCUUGUCGGGAUGCAGAGUCAUUAUCGAGGAUGGAGGCAAUUUUGCUAUGACUUUCUACAUCUUUGCAGCCACCUGUCGACUCAAGACGUCUACGACUACAGGUAGCGACUUUCAAGUAAAGUACUGGACACUGAUGGCCAGCCUGAUUGCCAGCGGCUUGUCCGCCCUCUUUACACUCUUUAGGCUUUGCCGCGCCGCCUGUGUCUGUUGCGGCAGAUGCAAUUCUCGAAAUUAUGCAGUGGGAAAAUUACGCAGCAAACUCCUUUGUGCACUUGGCGGCUUUGUUAUUUUUCUAACUUUUGUGGGUUGCACUUCGUUUUUCGCUGUCCAAACCAUUAAUUAUCUCGGUGGACAAACUGAAGUUGCCAAUAGUUUGGUAGAUGGCGACGAAGCGUCUAUCUAUAUCAAGCCUCAAGAUUCAGAUUCAUCACUGCACACAUUUCUUGUCAACUUCAGCGACAUCUACUCAAGUCAAGGCAAGGGUAUGAGCCAGUACAUUUACCGUAGAGACAAAGGCUGCUACGUGUAUCAUCUUCGUUUUGACAGAAAGUAUCGUAUAGUACAGUACGGGUAUGGUGUAGUCCAGACAGACUCAGAGCUGCAGACAUGUUCUUCCUGCCCUGGUAAAGGUUGUGAAGACGUAAAGCUUGAAGUAAUGUUGUACGAUGCCAAAAUUGAAAAUAGUGGAUCUAGAACGAAGGAUUCCGGUAGUAUAAAACCGGUACAUCAGUGUAUCAGGGAUGAAGCUCAAGAAGCCAAGCGUGAGCUUACAUUUUCUUGUGAAGAUGUUACGAAUCAGUGUGAUCGAGACUGAACAGCAUGGUAGUGUUCUGAUUGACUAUUAGCUGUAGACGCGUAUUGUUGUCUUGGCAAGCUACUGUUUGUUUUUGUUUUCUGUGUUCUGCUUUGCUCUCCUAAACAAUUUCAUAUCUAGACAUACUACGUGGCAUUUGCAAAUAGUUUUUCUAUUUGUGGUGAGUUUAUGUCAAUGUAAAACGUAUAUAGUACAUGUGGCUAACAUGGACGUAGUAUACUCAGGAUCUCAUUCUGAUGGUGAAUAUACUGCGAUGAAAAA